UCCGAGGCAACAGCAUUCUAACAACUCGUUUUUCUAAUUCCAUUCCGUCUCGGCCUGUUAUAUCCCAAAUGCUUAUCUGGUACCAUGCCCAACCACCUUCUACUUUUGUUCAUCGUGCGGGGUAUGAAGACAUAAAAUUGAUGUCGCAGACAGUUCAUUGCAUUGCGGUACCAAACCCCGUUCUUCUAUUGGAAAUCCAACAUGGCCACAGUUCAGCCCCUGCUCCUAGUACCUAUCGCCGAGGAAAUUGUCCCCACCAUGCAGCGAAUCGUUAGUCGAUACAAUGCUGUUCGUAACGAGAUUCUUCGCACCGUUACUCCAGAGACUGCUACAUAUGAUUCGGUCGUUCGGCCAUGUGCAGAACUCGAUAACGUCAUCAGUGCUGACGUGCAUAUGCUUUACAUGUUACAAUACGGCGCCCCGGACAGAGCCACCCAGGAUGCUUUCGUCCAGGCACGCCGCAUUCUGGUCGAUGCUGAGACGGGAUGGACUGCGCGCGCAGACUUUUUUGUUUUGCUGGAAGCGGUUAAAGAAAAGUCCGAGCUAGUCGAUUCAGAGUCCAGGCUCUGGUUGGAGCGCGAAUUCCAAGACUACAGGUUAGCUGGACAUGGUUCGCUCACGACACCAGCCCAGCGGGAGGAAUACCGCACGGAAAAAGCGGCAAUCUCUGACCUGGAACGUCUGUGUCAUCGGAAUCUAGCCCAUGAAAAAGGAGGAGUCUGGUUUACGGUGGAUGAAUUGGACGGACUGUCAGACAAAGAGCUAGCGAAGUGGGUAGAAGGGACAGAGCCAGCUAAUCGGGGCAAGAGACUUGUCACCUUUGCAAAUGGUGGGUAUACGGCUGUUAUGACUUAUGCGGACUCGGCGGAGACGAGGGAGCGCAUGUAUCGGGCUUACAACAUGAGAGUUCUGGAGAAUGGACGGCUGUUGGAGGAGAUUGUGAGGAGACGAGAUGCACAAGCACGGAGGCUGGGAUAUCCAGAUCAUGUUGCGGUUCAAAUGGAACGGCGGAUGAUCAAGCAAAUCAAAUGGGUGGAUGAGUUCCUGGCGCAACUGCAGGAGAAACUUGUCCCGCGGGGUCGUGAAGAGCUGGAGGGGUUGAAACGGAUCCGGGAAAGAUAUCUACUGAAGCAGGGUAGGUCAACAGAUGAUGUCGAUGAUGGGUUCCCUCCAUGGGAUCAAUCGUACUAUCAGCGGUUAAUCGAGCAGGAUUUCGAUAUCGAUCAAGGCAAAAUUGCGGAGUAUUUUCCCCUUGACAGAACUGCAGCUGGGAUGCUUGAGACCUUUGCAUCGAUGCUGGAUCUCCGCUUCGAUCCCAUUGAAGGGCUCGCCUUCCCUUUUGUUUGGCAUGAGAGCGUGCGGGUGUUUUCCGCAUGGGAUGGGAGGGAUGCCAAUGCGCCGUUCCUGGGAUAUCUCUAUUUCGACCUGCAAUGGAGAGAGAACAAGUACCGCGGCAACCAGUGUGUUAUUUUGCAAUGCGGCUCAUCCAAGCCAGAUGGAAGCAGGCAGCAUCCUUCAGUGGUGCUAAUGUGCGCUUUUUCAACAAACUCCGGCACUCAUCUGCUCCGCCAUCGGGAGAUGAUAUCUUUGUUCCAUGAAAUGGGCCACGCCAUCCAUAAUCUCCUAUCCCAGACGCAAUAUGCCCGCUUCCACGGACCCCAAGGACUACGUGACUUUGGCGAGAUCCCUAGUAUGAUGCUAGAGAAUUGGUGCUGGAGAAAAGACGUCCUAAAGCAAUUGAGCUGCCAUUAUACACAGUUGAACGAGGAAGAGCUAUUGCAGUGGCGGACUCAACAUCCCGGAGAGGCGGAUCCUCCAGCCCAGAUCCCGGAUCAGCUUGUGGGCGAUCUGAUUCGAGGUCAAUACGUGGGGAAAGGAUUGUGGUAUUGUCGUUUGCUAGUGAUAUCACUUUACGACCUGAAAAUCCACCGUCGCGGUCCAAAUCAGGAAUUGGACCUCCAAAAGCUCUGGUAUGACGAACUCGAGAAGGUCAUGGGGAUGGAUUAUGCAACGUGCAGAGACGGAUACGAAUUUGCGACAAUCGGUCAUCUCACUGCUGGAUACGAUGCGGGUUACUACUCGUACUUGUGGUAAGUCAACAAUCCUGAAUAAAUUGUCAUAGAUAAUGGAGAAACAACUGAUAGUUUUAGUUCCGCCACUCUGGCCCAGGAUCUGUACCUGACCAGGUUUGCCAAUGAUCCUUGGGAUAAGAAGACGUGGAGAGAUUUCCGGCAGACUGUGCUGAGACCCGGGUCAAGUGAUAAGAACCUGCUGGGGGUGUUGGAGGAUUUUCUGGGGCGUGCAUUCAAUCCUGAUGCGCUGGUGCAGGGGUGGAUGUCGCUAUAGAUCCCAUUAUCUUCUGAAUGGAGGAGAGAAUAGAGUUGUAUGUUGAUGAGAUGAGAUGGGAUGAAAUGAAUGGGAUGAAUGAGAUAAUGAGAUAAUGAGAUGUUCCGGUGAUCCGGUGCCUUCC